UUCAGAUGACUUUACCAUGUUUCUAUGGGAACCUGCUGCCAGCAAACACCCCAAAAAUCGUAUGACUGGUCAUCAACAGCUUGUAAAUCAUGUUUACUUUUCUCCUGACGGGCAAUGGAUUGCAAGUGCCUCCUUUGAUAAGUCAGUCAAAUUAUGGAAUGGAGUAACUGGAAGUUUCGUGGCUGCCUUCCGUGGCCAUGUUGGGCCCGUUUAUCAAAUAAGCUGGUCAGCUGACAGUAGACUGCUUUUGAGUGGAAGCAAAGACUCAACUCUCAAGGUUUGGGAUAUUCGUACGCAGAAGCUGAAACAAGAUCUUCCAGGACAUGCAGAUGAAGUGUUUGCAGUGGACUGGAGUCCAGAUGGUGAGAAAGUAGCAUCAGGUGGAAAGGAUAAAGUUCUGAAGCUAUGGAUGGGGUAGACGUAACGCCAACAGUUUCACUAUCAUAUACCGAGUUUUGGCAAGAAACGGAAUCGCUGUUGCCACAAGAGAUCACAAAGACAGGUAUACAUUAGUUUUAGAGAAGUAGUAUCUUCUUCUGUCCAAUUUCAUUUAUAAGACCUGGUGGUGAUGAUCAAGCUGCAUAUUUUUAUUUCUCAUUUAUUUCCCUUUGUAAAGGAAUAAACAACAAACAGGGUUAGCUAAAAUUUUCAUUUUUUU